AUGCCUCGAAAGUCAAGGGCGGCCGCCCAGGCGGCUGCGAAGUUGAUCAAAAAUGUACCAACACUUCCAGAUGGGUCUGAUGAGGAGAUGAUUGACGCGCCUUCUUCCCAUCAUUCCUCACCCGAACCCGAAAAAGAAAGUUCCCCAGAGAAAGAUCCUGAGCUCGAGGCUGAACCUGAAGCCAAAGCCGAAAGCGCGGAAGUUCAGCCUCGCGAAAUUACAACUACACCCAAGCCCGAAGAGGAAUUGAGUGUAUCGACCCCCGCAGAAGACUCAAUUAUCCCCGAUACCGACAAUACGCCUUCCUAUGGUCCUGGCCGCCCGUCACUUCCACCCCGCGGUAAACGUCGCAUCGGUCGUCCACCUAAGAACCCUCGGCCUGAAUGGGAUGCGCCUGACGGCGAGACACCACUUCGAGUAACUACCCCAGUGAAACGACGCCGUGGUCGCCCUGCUGCUAGUGGCGGACGCUGGGCGCGCAACCGUGGACCUUCCCAUCUCACACAGGUUCCUGUCGACAAAGAAGGAAACAUGAUGGAUGUGAUUAACGACGAGGUGUCGAUCCCACCCGACCCAAUUGGCGCCACCAAGGUCGACGAGAAUGGUCAUCUCCAAGGUGGACGUGAGUACCGAGUCCGUACCUUCAAGAUCCUUGGCCGUGGAGACCGUCUCUACAUGUUGUCGACUGAACCCGCCCGUUGCAUUGGUUUCCGUGACUCCUACCUGUUUUUCCAGAAGCACAAGAUGCUUUACAAGAUCAUUAUUGACGAUGAUGCCAAGCGUGAUUUGAUUGAACGCGAACUCAUCCCCCACUCCUACAAAGGACGUGCCAUUGGUGUCGUGACCGCGCGAUCUGUGUUCCGCGAGUUCGGCGCAAAGAUCAUCGUCGGCGGCAAAAAGAUCACUGAUGAUUACGACGAGGCCGCUGCUCGUGAGCGCGGCGAUGUGGAGGGCGAGCUAGUUGUUCCAGAAGACAGACUGCCAGGACCUGGAGAAACUUACAACAGGAACCAGUAUGUCGCUUGGCACGGCGCGAGCAGUGUCUACCAUACCAAUGCGCCCUCGGUUCCUCUUGCAGGCGGAAAGCCAGUUGAUAUCAAGAAACGUCGCGUCCCAGUUACUGAUGACAACUGGAUGCUCGAGCAUGCCCGUGCUGCAAGCAACUUCAACUCGAAACUCGCCGAAAUGCGCCGUGCGAACCUGGGUGGAGUUUACGAUGUCCACACCAACACCAUGCAGUAUCCGAAGAUCAUGCAGCCUACUCACGCCCGCUGGGAGCGCGUCCCACCUGCUCCAGCGACCGGCUCGACUGAAUUGACAACGGACAUGGACUCAAUGAACCUCGCCAACGGAAGUUCCCCUGCCCCCGGAGAUCCAAUCCCCCACAAACCCGAAGAGUCGCGCGAGGCUGUUACUGGCGAAAGCUCUACUCAACAAUCCACCACCACCUUCCCUCCUGUUCCCGCUCAUCUCCACGACCGCUACAUUAUCCAGGAUGUCGUUUACGAAUCCCCCCAGUAUUCAAACAUGGGCAUCCCGGGUCCCGACGGCGAUGUGCACGAUAUCGGCCCCAACGGUCUGGUCAGCGUCGCCAACCCCCAGCAUCCUGAGUUCAUGAGCCCCGAGAUCAUCGCGUUGCUCCCUCCUGAGUGCAAGGAAGCUCUCCUCGAUGCUGCGGCGCAGGAAGUUCAGUGGAAGUCCAAGUGGAGCACCGAGACCACGGACGGCGAGCGUACUCAGCCCACUAAGAGCUACGCUUGGUACCCCUAA